AUGACCUAUCGCACCACUUUGGACCUUCUAUUCAAAUCCCAGAAAUUUGUUCCAAACUACAAAUGUGAUAGCCAGAAGAAUCUCAUGGCCAUCAUUGGGGGACUAGGUCCUGAUACAUCAUCCUUUAUGGCAGAAAGUGUACAUGUCUACAAAAUUCCACAGUUGACUUAUGGUUCCUUUGCCCAAGAAGACUUUCAGAUUACUAAAUUAUUUCCGCUUUAUUGCAUGGUCCCAAAAGAGGAGCAUCAGUACACUGGACUUAUACAACUUCUUCUGCAUUUUGGAUGGACAUGGAUUGGAGUCUUUGCUUCUGAAAAUAAGGAAGAACGUUUUUUGCAGAAACUGCAGUCAUUGCUUUCACAGAACGGGGUUUGUUUAGCUUUCACACAAAACAUUCCACAACAUCUCCACUUGGAAGAUUUGUCAGAAUUGUUAGAUUCAGUCUCAAUUAUUUCAAAUAAUUUGAUGAAUCGAAAAUCGAAUGUUUUUCUUGUCCAUGGAGAAUCCAUCACAAUAGCAUGGUUCAUAAGUGUCAUGUUUCUACGUGAUCCCAAAAAUAAAGAGAGUGCAUUAUUUAGGAAUGUUUGGAUCCUGAUGAAUUCAAUUGAUUUCAUCCUGCUGGGAAUUCAAAAGAAUUGGGAUGUCCAGUUGUUCCAUGGGGCUCUUUCCUUUACUGUGCAUACAAGAGACAUUCAAGGUUUUAAAGAAUAUCUUCAAGUCAUCAAACCUUCAACCCACAAAGAUGGAUUUAUUCAAGAGGUUUGGGACCGAUUGUUUGAAUGUUCAUUUUCAAAUACAGAAUUAUCUUCAACAAUCACUGAGACUUGUACUGGAGAAGAGAAUUUGGAGAAUCUGCCUGCACCUCUGUUUGAGUUGCAGAUGACUGGUAAAAGCUACAGUAUCUACAAUGCUGUUUAUGCAGUGGCACAUUCUUUGCAUGAGGCAGUGAGAUCAAAAUCCCAACCAAGAGAGAUUCAAAGGGUUGAAUUUCCUAAUCUGCUGUCUUGGCAGGUUCUUCCAAUUUCUGUGUGUAAUGACCCUUGCUCCCCUGGAUCCUGGAAGAAAGGGUUGGAAGGAAAACAGUUCUGUUGCUACGACUGUGUUCCAUGUCCAGAAGGGAAGAUUUCAAAUAAAAAGGAUAUGGAUGACUGUUUUCAAUGUUCAGAAGAUCAUUAUCCAAAUAAAGAAAAGAAAGGAUGUAUCCUGAAACUGGUGGUGUUUCUAACCUUUGAAGAAACCAUAGGAAUUGGUUUGGCCUCGGCAGCUCUUUGUUUCUUCCUCUUGACAUCUUGGCUACUUGGAAUUUUUAUUAAGCACAGGGAUACUCCCAUUGUCAAAGCCAACAACCGGUCCCUCACCUACACCCUCCUUGUCUCUCUUCUGCUCUGUUUUCUCUCCUCUUUGCUCUUCCUCAGCCAACCUGGCAAAGUGACCUGCCUUCUCCGGCAACCAACAUUUGGCAUCACCUUCUCAGUGGCCAUUUCCACUGUACUGGCCAAAACCAUCACCGUGGUUGUGGCUUUCAUGGCCACUAAACCUGGUUCUCAGAUGAGAAAAUGGGUGGGAAAAAAAUUGGCCUUUUCUAUUGUCCUUUUUUGCUCCCUCUUCCAAAUAUGUAUUUGUACUAUUUGGUUGUUCUCAUUCCCUCCAUUCCCUGAGUUGGACAUGCACUCAGAGCUCCAGGAAAUGAUUUUACAAUGCAACGAGGGGUCAACUUUCUUCUUUUAUUGUGUCUUGGGAUACAUGGGUAUCUUGGCCAUCGCCAGCUUUAUUGUGGCUUUCUUUGCCCGUAAAUUACCCGGCAGCUUUAAUGAAGCCAAGUUCAUCACCUUCAGCAUGUUGGCCUUUUGCAGUGUGUGGAUCUCCUUCUUUCCAGCCUAUAUGAGCACAAAAGGCAAAGCUAUGAUAGCUGUGGAGGUCUUCUCCAUCUUGGCCUCCAGCGCUGCAUUACUGGGAUGCAUAUUUUUGCCAAAAUGCUACAUCAUUGUUUUCCGGCCUGAGCUAAACCACAGGGGGCAACUUAUAAAGAGAAUGUAG